AUGGAGGGGCCAAAACCCCUGGGGCCCUGCGGACACUCUCAUCCCCAGUGUCCCCCAGCCCCAGCUCCCAGCAAUCAUGGAGGAUGCCUGGAUCAGCCCUGUCAGGGAUUUGUAAGGUGGCCCUGUCUGGCCCCCCUUCAAUCCACUCAGUCAUUAGAGUCUUCCAGACCUUUUCCUGCUCCAGGGACAGGGGGUGGGGGAACCAGAGUGGGAGGAGAGGCACCUGGGAUGUUUUUGUCAAGCGAAGAAGGAGAUAUGCCAAGACAGAGAGCUCGAGAGCCAGCGGGGUCCAGACAAGAAGCAGAGGCCGAGGUAGAAUGGAGCUGGCCCCUGCACCCAGGCCAUGAACAGGGGCCACCUAGGCAGACAGGAUCCCCCACCUCAGGACCCAAGCCCUGCCCAUGUCCAACCCUGCCUUCCGGAGGAGGGGCCACAGCCUCACCCAGGACAGCUCCCACGCAGCUCCAGAGUGGGACACUGGGGGUUGCCGAGCACUCCUUUCUACAGCUGGAGCAGGAGAACCACAGCCUGAAAAGGCAAAACCAGGACCUCCGGGAGCAGCUGGGGGCCCUCCUGGGGCCAGGGCAGCAGUUCCUGCCUCUGUGUGCCGAGCACUCAAGCUGCACAUCCCUGGCCUGGAGUGAGCUGCAACAGAUCCGACUGUCCUUUGAGAGGAAGAAGAUGGCCAUUACUGAGGUGUGGGACGGUGUGGCUGAGGUGCACAUGGCUCUGAACAACCAGGCCACGGGGCUCCUGAACCUCAAGAAGGACAUCCGGGGUGUGCUGGAUCAGAUGGAGGACAUUCAGCUUGAGAUUCUGGGGGAGAGGGCUCAAUGCCGCACUCAGGCUAGGAAGCAGCAGCAGCAGCAGCAGCAAAUGGCAUGCAUGGAGGCCCUCAAGGUACUGAGGACAGGUUCUGACCCAGUCCCCUCCCCGACAGAAAGGCAGGCCACAGCUGGGAUGUUCCGAGGGCCUAAAGGGCCAGCUCUGGCUGCUGGCCUUGAGGCUGCUGCUGGGUGCUCUGCUGGCCUGCACGGCGGCCUACGUGUACGUGGUGGACCCUGCACCCUUCGAGGGGCUGGUGCCACCCCUGCUGAGCCGAGCCGCCGUCUGGAAGCUCAGGGCCCUACUAGGCCCCUUCUUGCGCCUCGAGGUGGACGACUUCCUGCCUUUCUAGGCCGGAGGCCCAGAGGCCCCAGCAAGGAGGAGGCCAGGUGGCUGGUGCUGCCCCGGGGACCCAGUGGCCUUACUGGUUCCUGCCUACAGCACUGCUGCACACAGUACCUACCAGGAGCUGCAGAGAAGGGUGGAGGCGGGGCUUGUCCUGAGGGCUGGGCCUGCAGCUAGACAUACAGUCAUGACACACUUUGCAUGUAA